CACAUCACCUGGAAAUACCAUAGUGACCACCUGGGACACUGUAGCAUCAACUGAGCAGCACCCUAACAAUUACCAGGAAUACCACAGCAACCCACUAGCAAUCACCUGGAAUACCACAGCAACCCCCUAGCAACACACUAGCAACCAACUGGAAUACCACAGCAACACCCUAGCAACACACUAGCAACCACCUGGAAUACCACAGCAACCCCCUAGUAACACACUAGCAACCACCUGGAAUACCACAGCAACACCCUAGCAACUGUUAUGCCUUGUGUUUUUGCCUGGUCUUGUGUGUUUUGUAUUCAUUCCAGAUUCCAUCCCGUGACUUCACCCCUUCCGCUCCCGGACCCUGCUGAUCCAUUCCAUUCCAUGGUUUCCUCUCCUCCCACCUGCUUAAAGAGGUCCGGAUGGCUUGGUUGAGCAGGAGACUUCCUCGUUGUAUUGCUGUUGUUUUUGUGUGCAUUUCGUUACCCUUGAGUCCUUGCUUGUUACUGACCACUGCUUUGUUUUGACUACGAUUUAGCCGGACCCUAAAACUGUAUAUAUCUUAUAUAUAUUUGUAAAUAGUAAAUGUGAACCGGCUGUAGGGAGUGGCUGCCAUUUUGCUUGGGAAAGGGUUUGUCUGUGUGUAUGGUUAGUCAGGGAGGUAGGUUAGCAUACUGUCUUUUGUUUCUUUUGUUUGUAUGUAGGGUAGGUAGUUGUGUUGGAAAGUUAGUGUGGGGUUGUUUGUUGUUUUGGCCUGGGCCAUUCCUGACGUUGUUGCCGGUGUGUUACAAACAACAGAUAUGAGAAAGCAGAAUUUUUAAUCAGUGGUUUCACUUUCAUUCUGCCUCCUGCGGACGUCUGCAGGGCACACCCGACCGCAUUAUCCUCAAAUAGAAAAGAGCAGUGUUGUAGAACAGCACUCAGAGAGAGAAAGAGAAAAAGAGCACAUCUGCCGCUGAACGGUUGUCUUACAAUGGAACACGAGAGAAUCUUUAGCAUUUUGGCAUCUGCUUCCCGUCUACAUGCAGGAAUCAAUCUUAGAGGUUCUGAGUCGUCAGAUGAAGAGGACGAGGAAGAUGGACAUAUAGUGUGCCAAGGAAUAUCUCUGAAAGUUUCUGCUGAAAUGGACACUGAGGAUUUCAACAUAGAGGAGGUGGCUGGCCUGGGCAGACCCUUCCAGCUCGGCAUGGCUUAUGAUUUAAGAAAACACAAACUCCUACCAGGGCUAACCUUGUGGGAUUAUGAAGGACUUCAGAAAAAAAUUUGUGUCAGUGACCAAUAUGACACCAAAUUCAACCUCUUGUCCUCAGACAGCAGUGACGAUAAGACAUCUACUCUGAAGAUAAGUUCCUACCUGAAAAUCGCUGCACUGUGCGGACUAGUGGACUUUAGUGGGUCAUUUACAUAUUUUACAGAUGAGAAAAAGUCUGAAAAGCAGGCAAAGCUUACGUUAUCAUACCACGCAACCACAAAAUUCAAGCAACUCUCCAUGGACCACCUGACUCAGAUAUCUUACUUGAGUGAGCUGAAAGGAACUGGAGCAACACAUAUAGUUGUAGCCAUCCUAUAUGGCGCUGAUGCUUACUUUGUGUUCGAAAGAGAACUAGAUUCACACGAAAACAAGUGGGAGCUGGAGGCAGAGCUAAAACUCACCAUCAAGAAUAUUUCGUCUUUAAAGCUAGACGUUAGCGGUGGAGGUUCAGGGGAAAAGAAGGACAGUGACAAGCACAAGUUUGAAAAAAUAAGCUGCACUUUCCAUGGGGAUUUUAAGUUAGAAUCAAAUCCGUGCACCCUUCAAGACGCAUUACAGGUGUACACAAAACUUCCACACAUGCUCGGAGAGAAAGGGGAACAUGCAGUUCCGCUCCAGGUAUGGCUCUAUCCUCUCUCCAAACUACCCAAGUCAAGACUGGAAGAAUCAGACUGUACCGUCAGGGAAAUAAGUGACAGUCUUAACACACGCAUGUCACAAGCCAUCGAUCGUUUGAAUAUGAUAGAAGGGAAACUUAAUGACCUCAUGAACGAUGAAGCCGCCAAAUCCUUAGCUUUAUUUCACUGCAAACUUCAGGAUCUGAAGCAGAAAUUCGCUCAGCACAAGGCAGACUUCAUGACGAACCUCGCUCAUCUGCUGCCUCUGAUUCGUGGGUAUGAAAAGGAAGAAAGUGACCUUGAUGAUCUCCUGCAAACUUAUGAGGAUUCCCUGUUCAACAGUCCUGCGAUGGACCGGUGGUUAGAGUACAGAAAGAUGGAAUCGGACGUGCUAGGAAGCUUCUUAAAACAGCUGCGAGAGGCCGGGGUCGACCUGGACGAAGAUCUUCACAUUCUCCUGUCGGACGCAGAAAUCGAAAAUGUGGUCAGUUUCACCUUCACAUCUCUGGAUUUGCCAGACAAAUUCCUGUCAGAUCUUGCGAAACCAGAUGAAGGUGAGAAAAAGAAGACACCUGAUGAAAUUCAGACGUGGUUAACAAGAGGCAUCAUUAAGACAAUGAGAAAGAACCUGAGCUUGUUCAAAGACCUGAAGAGAUCCAACAACGACAGACACACAAAAUUCAACGUGUCCUCCCAGAACAACCUGUUGAUCAGCGAUAGAAGCGCAAGAUCAAGCCACCACAAGAUCCACCCUGGAACAUGCAUCAUGUUGUACGAAGGAGGGUCAGAUGAACCCAUCUGCUUUACCCCUCCAACUAAACCUGUCUUCUCAGCCACUAUCGAUUCGAGUUCCCGCAGUAUAAUAGUGAAGUUGAACCCCAAAUGCAGGGCCACAACGAAGCGCACGCUGGAGUACAAGCCGAGGACGAAGGAGGGGUGGAAAAGUCUGGCUGUUCAGAGGGAUGAAGAGAAGUUGACAAAUCUGGAGUCUGGCAGCGAGUAUGAGAUCAGAUGCACUGCAGUGGGCAAACUGGAAGAGUUACCAGUCACCAGUGACAUCAUCAGCGUUCGCCCCUCAGACACCCUUGAAGGGACGGAAUAAAGAAUAGACAAAAGGGAAGUGCCCAACAGACGGGCUACAGCAUGUAGACAUUAUUAGAUGCUAGGCCACAGGUUCCCAGUCCUGGUUCUGGAGUACCUCCUACCCUGAACAUUUUAGUGAGUGCCCUCCUACCAACACAUACACAAUGUCUUGUUAAUGAGCUGAUUACUUGGAUCAGGUGUGUUGGGAGCAGAAGAAACACUGAAAUGUGCAGGGCAGGGGGUUCUGCAGGACCAGGGUUGGGAUCCACAGGGCUAGACUACAGCUAGAUGCCUGCCUAUAUACCGAGAUGCUAUAUCACGUACCUCUGCUCCUCUGACACAUAAGCCUGCCUGCCCCCCACAAAUUCCAAAUUCUAAAUUUUUGUUGUGUCUAACAAGAGUGUGCUGCAGAUGUAGGCACCAGAGGUGUGGACUCGAGGCAUUUGACUUGGACUUGAGGCUGACUCGAGUCACGAAUUUGAUGACUUUAGACUCAACUCGAGAACAUUGAGAAAGACUUGCAACUUGACUUUGACUUGUAUACCAAUGACUCUGACUUCAAAGUUAAGACUCGGAAAGACUCAAGAAAGUGGAAGAAACGUGGAGAGUCUGACUGCAGACGGGACUCUACAGAGUCAGUUACUUUUCAUGUGAACUCUGUUCAGCUCUGUUGUUUUCGUUUCCAAUGUCAUUUAAAUUCAAUUCAAACGCCAUUGGUUUUAGUUGGCUGAGCUGUUUUAGCGCUAAGCUAGUUUUUAUUUUAAUCCAGUGUGCCCAACGUCUUCAAACAUAAAGUUUUUUAAAUUAAGUCCAACAGUACUUUUAAAACUCUUUUCAUGUGUAGUGCACUACUCUGUGUAUACCAGUCUGUCACGCACUCUUAAGAAGGAUGGUUCUUCAAAAAAGAACCAGGAACACUCAAAGAACACUCUGCAUUAUUAAAGGGUUUACUGCCUCAUCUUAAAUUAGCUGAAGAAUGCAGACUGACUUUAGGACUCAAAGAUUAGGACUACUGACAAGGCACAAGGUACAGGAGACUCUCCUGUACUGACUCGGGACUUGAAUCGAGACUCGACUAUCGGGACUUGACUCAGGACUUGAGUGUCAAGAUUUGAGACUUACCUGUUACUUGCAACUUACUGACUUGUUCCCACCUCUUUUAGGUACUAAUAUGCAUGUAUUCUGAUGUAGGCAAAGUAUUGCAAUGUUGUUUGCUUGACAUAUA